GUACGGCCGGUCGGCCCAGCUGUUCUCUGCUGCUGCUGCCUCGGGGUGGGGACGGUGGAUUCACAAAUAAGCGCACAAGAGGAGGUGCAGUGGCGCAGAGGACGAGGGGCCCUUUGGGUGAGAUGCAAGUGCACGUUUUCAAAAGCCUGCGCCGGCCCGGGCGCUGGAGCCACCAACAGGCAGCGAGCAGCCCGGCGAGUGUCUGUCCUCUGUGGCUGCAGGUGCAGGGCAAAGCCGACUGACCCGCGGUGUGUGCGCGCGUUGGUGCGAGAGGUGUGAGUGUGUAGGGCCGCCCAGUGUUCGGACAAGAGAGUUAUGGAAUAUGAGGAGUUCGACGCGCUCCCCGCUGACACCCCCAUCAAGAGAGGAGGAGCCUUGUCCAAAAAGACUCAUUUAACUCAGAUUGAAGUGAUCCCAUGCAAGAUCUGUGGCGACAAGUCAUCCGGAGUGCAUUAUGGAGUCAUCACUUGCGAGGGCUGCAAGGGAUUCUUCCGGCGCAGCCAGCUGCCCACCGUGUCCUACUCCUGCUCCAGGCAGAGUAACUGUCAGAUCGACCGGGCCAGCCGCAACCGCUGCCAACACUGUCGUCUGCAGAAGUGCCUGGCACAGGGCAUGAGCCGGGAUGCUGUGAAGUUUGGGCGGAUGUCCAAACGGCAGCGGGAUUCUCUGAUCGCCGAAGUGGAGAAGCACCGACAGCAGCAGCAACACCAGCAGCAGCUCCAGGGAGACGCCCAGCCUGUGUUGUCUUACUCCAACAAAGCCAGACAAGACCGCUCCCAGCCCAUGGCUUCAGCCUACACGUUCAACGUUGAGGCUGAGCUGCUGUCCUACACCGCUGAUGUUCACCCUUACCUUGUGUACGCAAACGAGUCGGAGGUGUCGGGCAUGAUCUACCGAGGCCCCGGUGUCUCUCCCACAACCAGAUCCCAAGGGAGGGGAGACAACAGCGGACACCUCAACUUAAGAGGAUUUGAGUCGAGACAGCCAUCCCAUGACCUGAUGGCGGUUCAUCCCUACAGCCCUCUGGAGGACUCCUACAGCAUGUAUCCUCACAUAGAUGAGCUGUGUGCCAACAUUGUGCGUUCCCACCGAGAGACCAGCCAGUACCGAGUGGAGGAGCUGCAGGCUCUCAGAUGGAAACUGUUCAACAGGGAGGAGAUCCAAGCCUACCAGAACAAAUCAGUGGACGAGAUGUGGCAGCACUGUGCCAUUCGACUGACUGAUGCCGUGCAGUAUGUAGUGGAGUUCGCAAAACACAUCCCAGGUUUCAGUAUGCUCAGUCAGAACGACCAGAUUGCACUUCUCAAGACAGGCUCCAUGGAGGUAGUUCUGGUCAGGAUGAGUCGGUUGUUCAACACAGAGAACAACACUGUCUUCUUCGAUGGGAAAUUUGCUGGAGUUGAAGUUUUCAAGUCUUUGGCAUGUGCUGAUUGGAUCACAGCGGUGUUUGACUUUGCUCAUGACAUGUGCGCUCUAAAGCUCACUGAGCAGCAGAUCGCUCUCUUUGGUGCUCUGGUGCUGAUCAACGCAGACCGUCCAUGUCUGGAGGAUAGAAGCAGGGUUCAGCGGGUGCAGAAAAGUGUGGAGUUGGGUCUCACGCACAUUCUACACCAAGACAACCAAGACAGUCUAAUGCACAAGCUGUACCAGAGGAUGGCAAUGUUGCGUUCACUGUGCAGUCUUCACAUGGAGAAGCUGCGCUGGUUCAGUCAGCGUUACCCUCUCAUCUCUCACUCUCUGUUCCCUCCGCUCUACAAGGAGCUGUUCGCCUCGGAGGCAGAGCUGCUGCCAGGGACCAAUCACUGAUGUUCCAGUGAUCAGCAACACACACACACAAACACACACACACAAAUUAUUUUAUCAUUUUCUGACAGAAUCUAUUUUUGUAAUAAUGAAAAUAAAUGAAAAAACCCACAGGAACCAUAGUGUGUUAACUAUUACAUGACUUCCAGCAGAGCUUUGUUUUAAUAGAUUAUGUCAAACGUAAAUUUAUUUUUGAUAGAUAAAAACUACCAGUUUUACUACCAGUGGAAAUUAUAUUUUGUUGUUCUUUGAUGCUACAUUGUCACUGGUUCACAGGAUCCCCUUUUUUUCCUCAGGAUGUGUUGUUGGGAUUCUGUCCAGUUACAGCUGCUGUGUGUCACGGUGCUUUCAGUCUGAGAGAGAUUCAAAGAGGCGGGGCAGUGGCAACAUCGUUUAUUCAGACUUGGAAUUCUAGUUCACCCAAAAUCUGUCAUUAAUUAAAGAGUAAAACACUGCCCGACUGUAGGACGGAAAACUGUGGACCAAUUCUAGUCUGCUCGGAGUUUCAGUGGAUUCCAAUUAAAGUUAAUCUGUUUGUACAUUACCAACAGAAAAAUAAAACGUGAAUUAUUUGUGAUAUAUUUUUGCUAUACAGUUACAUAAUGAACUUUACACAAUCCACUCCGCUGUCUGUUCAUGUGCUCAAUAUGCCCCAAAAGUUCAUAUACUGACCUAAAUCUGGAUAAAUUAGUACAAUGCCUUUUUUACUACUCACACAUUAGGUUGCUCACAUAAGAUUCACAUGUUUAUACUCAGUGUUUAAACGUCAAAAGACAGAUUUUGGCAUUGUCGUUGCUUUUAAUACAAACGUUGGAGCCUUGUAUUAGUUGAGAGAGCUAUAUUUUUGUGAACUCAUAGGCAUAGGCUUCACCCCCAACUGAUCACACAUUGGCACCAGUUCAGCAUCAUUCUCGGAUGAUACUAUGUCAGUAAUGUUAGAAACAAACAUUCCUUACAAAAUGUGAACGAUUGGAGGAGAUCAUCACUUUCUCCUCCUAACUCAGAAAACAUCUGUACAGUUAUAUCUGAAUUUGUCAUUGACACACACAAAACAACAACUUUCCUCUUUGUAUCCAUGCCUCUAGAGAAGCGUUUCUCCUCAGGUUGAUGUUAUCACAUACUGACUAAUAAAUCCUACAAAGCAAUCCUUACAGGCUUUUAUCCUUAAAGCUUUGAAAAUAUGUUGCAUUCAAUGUAGAAAUCAUUGAAAUACAGUAGAAGUUGCUUCCACUGCGUGCAAACUUCCCCCUUUUCUCAGAUUAUCUUGCAGAUGCUUUAUUUUCUCUACAUCCAGCUUCUUUGAAUAAAGCCAUGAGCAAAGAGGAAACGAUGAGAGAUUGUUGUUCACUUUGUUCCUGGAACAGCUGAGGUCAUAAUGUAGUUGGGUCCAUGUAAAUUUUCCAAUAAACUGCUAUGGAUGGUGUGGUAAA